AAUACGUAGGUUUUGAACUCAGUUUACAAACUCUAAAGAAUGUGUUUAUCCACAAUCCUAUAGGUUUGACGGAAUGUCGGCAUUUGGUUGAUCUUCAGCUAUUGGAGUCUUUAACAGUGUCAUUACUUGAUUUUGAUGGUAUAAGUAUUCUGGCUGACAUACGUAAUCUCAAAGAACUUAAUAUAAUCGAAACAAACGGAUUGCUCAGCAAACUCUUCCAGGCCUUUGCCAGUAAAAGAGAGCUGAAAUUAAAACACUUGUCUGUACCGAUUGAAUGUGUUGAAGAGUUGAACGAAGUAACGAGAAUAAGAUCGUUGAAAAAAUUAGAUUUAAAAUUUACGAAAGAUUUGAAAACUUUAGAUCUAGGCCAGCUAAGAGAACUCGAAGAGUUGUCUAUGGAAAUUGAGCUAAAAGAAAUCAAGAAUGUUGUAGCCCUCUUGACAUCCUGUAAAAAUCUCGAUGUACUUACGAUUAAAUAUGAGAUCCGACAAGAAGAACAUUUUUUGAAGGAACUUCAGAAUCAUUUAAUGUCUAUAAGGGAUCCCACACUUCAAGAUCCUCUAAAACUUACUUUGCAUAAAACUGAUGGUUCACCAAAUUUCCAUGUGGAAGACGUGAAUGAGACCUACUUGAAGGUGUACUAUACGUACAGUAAAUGGGAUUCCCCUACAGAAAGUAGGGGAAAUGUUUAUAAAAGUGAGAAAAAUUAUAAAUAACUCAAGGCCAUAAAGUUCCACGAACUUUGAAUCAUUAAACUACGCAGCACUACCUAUAAA